AAUGUAAGCUUCACCGCAAGGUGCUUGUUACUCAGUUUCUUAUGCCCACGGAGUAUCUUUGGUGCUGAGUUUGAGCCCAAAUGGAUACCAGAUCCGGGAUUGAUAGUUGAUCACCGGCGCGUCGGAGGGCCGAUCAGCCGUGACCGAGUCGGUGGUUUGGGCGUCGCGUCCCGUCAAUAUUUCCCUUCCCUGCUCUCAUUAUAGUAGGCCAUAGAACAAGUUCCGGGAUAGGGCAUUUAUAGGAAGUCGCAGGUUGACGUGUUUUAUGGCUGGGUUGCUUUUGCUGGCCCCUUCCAUCAGUC